AUGAUCAAUAACCAUCAGUACACUCAUGGAUAUUAUCUCACGGAUGCUGUCCACCCAAAAUGGUCUACCUUGGUUCAAUGCUACCGUCAGCCUCCUGCCGGUGCAGUGGGCCGUUCAUACCGGCAUUUUAACAAUGCCCAAAUGGCAUUGAGGAAGGAUGUGGAACGCGCUUUUGGAAUUUUUAAGAGGAAGUUUACUAUCAUUUGUGUCCCAUAUCGUGGGUUGAGUCCUCGUGAAAUGCACAAAACUAUGCUCACUUACAUAAUUCUUCAUAACAUGGUAAUUCAGGAAACCCGUCGUGAUUCAGAGUGGACUAACUAUGAAGAUGAAGAUUUGAGGCCAGAGAUUCAACCAGAAAGAGGCGUCCCUGCAAGGAAUUAUGAUCAAUUGACUAAUUACAUUCAGAACCGAAAUUUGUAUGAUAGUUUAAGAGAUGAUCAGAGAUUGAAUCUUUGGGCGGAGCAUGGAUGA